CUCCAUCGCGAAAGCUAGCUCAGUCGCGGCCGGUGAUUGCACUAUUUGGGUCGGGUGUGUGUAUUGAUUUCUCUCCAUGUGCUAUUCAGUGCGAACUGUGUGAAUCGAAAACAUAGAGAAUAUGUAUCGGGAACUAGGUUUUUCUAUUUAGAAGCUUUUCGGGGCUUUACCCGAAAUGCUUGUUCACUGAUAGUGAUGCUGCAACUAUUACAUUGCUCAUGAAGGAAUAUGUGAUUUAUACAGAACUGGACCUUGAAUACUGCCCUGAGGUACUCCAGCAUUGAUAUUCAGCAGAUCAGAAUAAUCAUAUUCCCUGUUUGAGAUAUAUGACCUAAUUACCUCGACGUACUGCCUGCUUAUUUUUGUAAUAAGUCACUCGUGUCAGACUUUGUCGAAUGCUUGGCGAAAUCCUGGAAUAGUGAAUUGCAAAAUCGUUUUCCCUCUGGAGCCGAAAAUAUGAUGUCUGUGAUGCGAUGCCCUUGGUCGAUGGUAAAAUGCUUAGUUCUAAAUCCGAACUGGUAAUCUGGGAUACGUUUGUACUGGCUUUAGCAGCAGUUUUUCCAAAUAUCUUGGAGAUGAUGGCAGUCUGUAUGAUUACUGGCGCGAUGAGCGCUGUGGUUUGAAUACACCUUUCAUAUGAAUCUUAAACUAAUAUUUUCUAAGGUCAUCACAAAAAUGUAACAAAACCAAAAUCAAAAAGGCUGUGAUAAAACUUCAAAUGAGUGCUAAGAACGGAUAUAUAAACAAUACCGCGCAAUGUGAAAUUAUCAACACAGUGACUCCAAAAAGUGCCAUAGUGCAAGUAACUAAAAAUGGCACAAGGACGUUGAUGGUGCCCAAGAAAAAACUGAACAAAGAAAAACUCCUUUUAGCAGUGAUUUUAGCAUUGGUUAUGUUUUGCGGUAUGUUGAUUAUAACCGUGUUUACCAAGCGACACUUUUCUUGUACAGAUGAAAAGCGGACCUUAUGCCUAACUGAGGAAUGUGUGCGAACAGCAUCUUCAUUGCUUUCUGCAAUGGACCAGGCGAUAGAUCCAUGCACAGAUUUUUUCCAGUACGCUUGUGGGACAUGGAACAGGAUGCAUGUGAUACCAGAAGAUAAAAGCUCGAUAAGCACUUUUGAAGUUAUGGCAGAUCAACUGCAAGUGGUUCUUAAAGGUUUACUAGAGGAUCCAAUAAAUUUAAGAGAUAAUGACGCAACACGUAAAGCUAAACUAUUUUAUAACAGCUGUACAAAUCUAAGUGACAUCAGGAAAGUAGGUGAUAAACCAAUUAGGCAAAUUAUAGCACAAUUAGGAGGAUGGCCAGUAUUAAAUAGUAACUGGACGGCACCGUCGUUCUCAGUUGAAACCCUUUUAGGAAUUAUUAGAAGCAAUUAUAAUGAAGGCUAUGUCAUCGAGCAGUGGGUUGGACCAGAUGAUAAAAAUAGCUCGAAUAACAUAUUACAGAUCGACCAGUCAGUGUUGGCUUUACCCAGCCGAGAUUAUUACUUGAAAACGAGUAGCAGAGGCGACUUAGAUGCAUAUCACAGAUAUAUGACCAAUAUUGCUAUUCUGCUUGGAGCAAACUCAACAACCGCUGCUAAAGAGUUAUCAGAAAUUAUAGAAUUUGAGAAAAGAUUAGCUAAUGCAUCAUUACCAGAACAAGACAGGCAUGAUACAAGUUUGAUUUACAACAAAAUGACUUUAAAAGAGCUGUCGAGAUUAGUGCCUCAAAUAAGGUGGUUAGAGUAUUUCAGAACGAUGUUCGAUAUUGCAAUUACCGAGAACGAGAAUAUCGUUACGUAUGGCUUGCCAUAUUUUGUGGAAUUGGGAAAAAUUUUAGCGACGACAAAAAGACGGACUAUUCAUAACUACGUGAUAUGGCGCUUAGUGAUGUCACUAUCUUCAUUUUUGAUAGACGAUUAUCAAAAAGAAAGGGUAGAGUUUCGACAAAUCCUUCAAGGUGUUUUGUCGGAAAGGCACAGAUGGUCACAAUGUGUGGAAUGGGUGAAUAAGAAAAUGGGUAUGGCUGUUGGUGCUUUAUACGUUAGGGACCAUUUUAAUCCAGAUAGUAAGGAGACAGCUCUUGAGAUGAUUCAUACUAUUAGAGAAGCCUUUAAUGAAUUGUUAGCAGAGAAUGAAUGGAUGGAUGAAGAAACAAAAAAAGUAGCUAAACAAAAAGCAAAUGCUAUGAAUGAGAGAAUUGGGUAUCCACAGAUGAUAAUGGAUAAAGAAGAACUCUGUAAGGAAUAUGAAUUGUUGAAUAUAACUAAACAUGAGUUCCUGAAAAACAUGCUGGAUGCAUUGAGGUUUGAAGCCCAACAGAAUUUCAACAAAUUAAGGCAACCAGUAGAUAAAAAUAAAUGGUCAACAGAUCCCGCAGUUGUAAAUGCUUUCUAUAACCCGAAUAGAAACGACAUUGUGUUUCCGGCUGGAAUCCUACAACCACUAUUUUAUAGCCAACAUUUUCCAAAAUCACUAAACUAUGGUGGGAUUGGUGUUGUUAUCGGUCACGAAAUUACCCACGGCUUCGAUGAUAAAGGUAGGCAGUUUGACAAAGAUGGCAAUAUGAUGCAAUGGUGGAAUGAUAAAACCAUAAGGGCAUUCAGAGAUAGAACGCAAUGCAUGAUAGACCAGUAUUCUAGAUACAAGAUCAGUGAAGUUGAUCUUUAUGUUAAUGGUAGAAUGACACAGGGAGAGAAUAUAGCUGAUAACGGUGGUUUGAAACAGUCUUUUCGGGCUUACAGAAAAUGGGUUUCGCAGUACGGCGAAGAAAUGGACCUGCCUGGCUUAAACCUGACCCACGACCAGCUGUUCUUUCUAAACUACGCUCAAAUCUGGUGCGGCUCUAUGAGACCUGAAGAUGCCUUGAGCAAAGUGCGAUCCAGCGUUCAUUCUCCAGGACCCAUCCGUGUCUUGGGACCGCUUUCUAACUCACAUGACUUCGCUCGGGCAUACAACUGCCCUUUGGGUUCUCCUAUGAACCCUACUAGCAAGUGCAGCGUCUGGUAGAUUUUGGUGAUUUGAAAAAUUGUAAUAAAUGCAAAGAUUUUCGGUCGAAUAUAUAUGGUACAGAUGGCUAGACAAGGAGCAAGCCUUGUUAAUGAAGCAAGAUUUAAUUGAGAAAGCUAUGAAAGGUUACUCAGAUGAUUGCAUAAGUUCAAAAUGAAGGUAUUCGUAUGAAGAUCUCUUUGCAAAAAUGGAGCAGAUGAAGGUAGUACGUAGUACGUACGCCUUAAAGCUGUAUGACAAAGUUAUUCGCAAAUGCGCAUCAUGUUCUUGUUGUCGUUGUAAAUACUUCAGCCGCGGAGCCAGGAGUAAUGGGGUCAUGGGGGUCGUGACCCCCCCCCCAGGCGAAUUUAGUUCGACCACCAAUUUUAGAUGUUCCAAAUAGGUGAAUCUGUAAUGCACACAUAUUAAAUGGAUGCUGUACUGGUAUUUUCUACUAAACACUGGCAGCACUGCUUCCGUCAACUUUGAUUUAGCUGUAAGCAAGCGUAAAACUGGUUGCUUAUGCGGUCAGCUUGAUGUAGGAAAAAGUUCUUCGCGCGCGCUUAAGAUGUAAGCAACUUUGAUAAAAAAAACUUUUUGACGGACCGGUGGCGGAUUUAAGGAAAAGGGCCCGGUCGGCAAUAAGCACUGGGGGUUGUAUGAUCGGGGACGGACGGCAAAUAGUGCGAACUAUAACUGUUUUGCGAAUAACAUAAAUUACUGAAAUCUUUGACAGAUAAAAUACGGCAAUGGAAACUUUGAAAAUUGCAUGAUAACCCAGAAAUUAAUAUCAAAAUUUAAUGCGUAAUGUCAUGUUAGUGCAAUCGUACAUCAGCCUCGUUUUUGUAUUUAAUAGUGCGCACGGGCACGGGACAGGUUGUAAUGCGCAUCGUAAUUUUUUGAAGUAAAUUAAACUUGAUGAUUCACCAUCAAACUUCUUGUGCAUAAUAGAGUUUAAAAGCUAUGACGGAUGCUACCGAUAAGUAAAGGGCGUUGAGGCAAAUUUGGAGUGCACGCUAUUUAUAGAAUUUGCAUAAAAUUAUAAGUACGAAAAAUAGAACAAAUAUGAUCGAUAGUUGUUGUCAUGUUUGCCGUGAUUAAUACAUUGAAUACAAACUUGGUGAACAACACUAAAAUACGUUAAAUAACGUGCAUUACUACAGGAUAUAUACUGGGCACUAUUUGCAAAUUAAUGAAGGCAACUGAGAAUAAAACAAUUAGAAAGACCUGCACAAGUAACCGAAACAAGCUCAUGGAUAGAGCAAAUGCUUUUUUAAUAGUAAUUUGAUGCAAAAAGUUAAUCUGAUGCUGCUUCAACGUGCCAAUAAAACAGCUAAUUCAACUGUUUCAAUAUUCACGCGGAUCUAAAAUUAUUCGAUAACGUAAAAUCCAUCUAAAUCGUUCAGAUAAAGUUCGAACUACAGAUUUUGCUGGCAAUAAGGAUGUCACAUAUUAACAGGGGCUCACAAUUAUAUGCACAAUAGUAGCUGCUGCGCGCUGCUACCUGUGUUUUUUUACUAUAUGUCUAUAAAACUUGAAUCAAGUAGAGACAGUGUGAUCAAAGAUAUUUUAUGCAAUACAAAAUAACAGAAUUAUUAUAAUUUGAAUCCGCGUCUUGCUUUUCGUUCAGCAAAAAGUUCCAUCACAGAAUCCAAAUUGAGUGUAUUAACUACUGAUCUUUCGAUAUAGAGGAUAGAGCAGUUGUUGAGUGUGUCUUUAGCCAAAGAAGCUCGACGGUAUUCUUUAAUAAUUUUCAAAGAGCUCAUGACUCCUUCAGCACUAGCUGAACCGAUAGACAAAGUCAAAAACAAUCUGAAUAAAGCAAUUGAUAAUACAUUAAAAAAAUUUCUUCCAAGAUAUUAUCACGAAGAAAAUAGAUAUGUCAUCAAAUAAAAAAAUGCACAGUAUUGUGAAAGCUAUAAGCAUUAAAGACGUGAAAAGACUGUAAAGACGCAUUAGAGUCUUUAUUAGACUGAAAGAGGCUGUUUCUGAUUCAUACCACCAAGAUAUUUAUUAUAUGCCAGGUAAUAAUACGAGUAUAUCACUGUAAGCACAAGAUGAAAAAAUCAUCAUUUAGUAAUUUUUUUAGAAAUGCAAUAGUCAUUUUUUUAAAAAUUACUUAAGAAAUGAAAGGGAAAUUUUCUUAUUCGAACUGAACGCUAACGCGCUAUUUCAUAAACAUUACGCAGAUGGUCAUUAAAAGAAUAAAACAACACUAUGAUUUCUUGAUAUCAAUUUGACAUUUUUGACCAGUGUGACCCCCCCCCCUGACACAAAUCCUGGAUCCGCUGUUGAAGUACUUUUGGAAAAACUUGUCAGUAGGUUAACUUCGUAGGCUAUGUUUUUGCAAAUGAGUUGUCGCUGUAUUAGAUUUGGAGUAUUUCAUAAAAUAGAAGCCUCUCAUCCCAUCAUAGUACAAUUAUUCCAUGUUUGUUAAGAGCUGAACGUAGUCGUCACUAACCACGUGUAAACAUAUCCAGCUCAGUGUUCAUAAAAUUUGAAAAGCGGGAUUUUACUCGAAUGUUCGGAAAUACUUGGAAAUGUAAUACAGUAUUAUCCCAUCUGAAUCUCUAAACAUCAAAUAUUUUCAGUGUUGAAAUAGAAGCUCUAUCUCUAAUUUUUGUACCAAGUAAAUGAUCGUUCUGCUCAUGUAUGUAUUUUCCACUAAACUGUUAUAGAGGUUGAAUAAAAUUAUAUGUAUAUAAAACAGCACGCUAACUAUUGUAUACUCAAGUUUUACACUUAUCCUCUUCGAUUGUUUUAUUAUUUAUCUCAUGUCACUGCUAUUCGUAAGUCAAUAUAAGCUCGU